UUAGAACAGGUAGAGACGCACGUUCCGCCUGGAAACUCGGUCUGAAGCGGAACAGGCUAGAAAGGAACAUUGCCAUUGCCAUCCAUCCAAUCCCAAUCCCCCUUCGUCAUCUCGAUAGGAAAAGCCGAAGGUUUUCCCUCGUCUCUUUUUUGAGUGUGUGUGUGUGUGUGUGCUGGCAGUUCGGAAAAUGUGCGUCGACGUCGACAGCGACUGAAAACGGCGACGGCAACGGCAACAGCAACGGCGACGAUGUAAAAUUUUAUUACCCCAAACGCAUCGAGCAGUCGGGUUUUGGACGUCCGGACUUCACCGCCGCCUCGCUGCGACGCCAGACUUUUAUUGCAGCUGCCAUAUAUAGAGUGGGCAUAGAUUCCAAAUGGUCAGGCCCGGAGAACCCAAAAACUUUGCUGAAGACGGACACAAACUUUUCCUAAGCGCGGCAUAAAAGUGCAAAAGUUUUUGUUCGCAGCGCCACACAAAACUAAAAGAAAAACUUCGCAGCCGCGCAACCCCCUUUAACUUAAAACACAAAAAACAAAAAACCAACGAAGGAAAAACAAAAGAAAAGAAAAACAAAACAAAAAUUGAAUACCCAGUGCAAUGCAAUGCAAGCAGAAGCCCACAGAAAUAUAAUAAACAAAUGCUGCAAAAGUGCGUGGUCUAAUUGAUAUAUCAAGUAUACAACCCGUAAGCCGGCUUCAGUUUACUAAAACUUAAACACUCUUAACUCUUAACACGAAGAUAUUUUUAUUCGAAGAUAUCGCCGCCGUCACGUUAACAAAACGGAGCUAAAGAGGGAAAAGCCAGGAAAAGCCACCGGGAAAAUGGCGCUUUCCAAGCGGCCCCUCACCAAGGACACGCCCUUGUCCGAAAGCAACGGCAAUCACUCCUCCAAUGGCAACGAUCACGAGACCUCCGUCAAGCGGCGCAAGCGUUGCAGUCGCGACGACGACUCCAAUCUCAACACAAACAACAAUAAUAACAACAAUAACAACAACAACAACAAUAGUAAUAGCAACAACAACUUGCCGCAGAAGAAACGCAAGCAGGGCCACAACAUCGCCGACAGUCCGGAGAGUCCUGCGAACUGCGGCGGCGGCAACCUGCCCGCUGCUCCGCUGGCAAAAAGCAACAACACGGACGCGGAUCAGGACGACGAGACGCUCAUCCGCGAAACGCAGGCAGCCCUGAAGAGCCUCUCGGGCAGCUGGCCCGACUCCCGGGGCAAUCUGUACAGGCUGCAGGAGCUGCAGGACGAGAAUCCGCCGCCCUUCCAGAAUCUCUUCGAGGAGAAGCAAAAACAAAAGGAGAACGAUCAGGCGCGUUUAAACGCCAGUGGCAUCGGCCAUUUGGAGCGCAGCGGCAAGAAGUCACCCGAGGAUCACGAGGAUCACGAGCUGGAGGACACCGCCUCCUCCUUGGCCGGAGGUCAGGGAGUCUAUGCCCAAGCGGCGUCGGCCUUCAAGCCGCCCAUCGACAUCAUCAAGCGGAACUACGUGGCCGCCGCUCAUGCCGCUCAUUACAGCGCCUACAAUGCGGCCGCUGCAGCCGAGUCCGCCGCGGGAUUGGCCUACUAUGGCUAUGCCGCUGCCGCAGCCGCCAGUCAGCAGCAGCAACAACAGCAGCAACAGCAACAACAGCAGCAGCAACAGCAACAGCAGCAGCAGCAGCAACUGAGUACCGCCUUCGAUAUUGCCAGCCAGUUGAGCGAGAAGCAGCCGCGCGCCAAAGAACCGAUGGCCGAUGGCAAACAGUAUACGAUCCUUCAGCCAGCGGGCGUUGGCAGUCGGGCGGCGUCCGUCAUGCAGGACAUUGCCUCGCGCGAGGGCGUUGUGGGUGUACCGCUCGUGGCCACGCCCCCAUCGACGGCGGCCAAUAGUCCGACAGCGGCAGCGGCAACGGCAGGACCUUCAACGCCAUCGACACCGGCGCCCAGUUAUUCGCCGGGCAGCCAGAAUCGCGCCGAACUGGAGAAGCACGAGAAGGAACUGCAUCCGCUGGACAAACUGAAGCUCGCCUCCAACCACUAUCUGAACAACAACAACAGCAGUUGCAUCAACAACAACAACAACAACAACGUCAGUGGGAAACUGAGUGGCACAACGAUGCCGAUUAUCAAAUCAGAGUACAGUCCCGUAGCCAGCAUCAAAUCGGAGUACAAUAAGAGCCCCAUGCACUCGUAUCUCUCGGGGGACGCGGCCGCGCCCGUUCCCUCCACCCCCAACUCCUCCUCCUCCUCGGGGAGCGCAGCCCAAGCGCCGCGUUCCGGAUCGGCGAGCGGGGCAGCAUCAGCGGUAUCGGUAUCGGUGUCGAACGGUGAGAACAACCUGCACGCCCCGCACCUCAGCCGCUUUGUGGGGCUCCAGAGUCCGCCGCACCAGCCGCACCUCAAUCCGCACGGCCACCACCAGCAACAGCAACAACAGCAGCAGCAACAGCAGCAGCAGCAACAGCAGCAACAACAGCAACAACAGCAACAGCAGCAGCAGCAACAGCAACACACGCUGCACCAGCAGCGAGGACCCUUCAUCGAGGGCAACGACGUCUCCGAUCCCUCGACCACUUAUCACUCGGAGCACCAGCAGCAGCAGCAGCAGCAGCAGGCGGACGAGCGGCAGCAGCAGUACGAACAGAUGCGGCAGCAGUACGCCCAGAGCCACGUGAGCGUCGGUCCCGGUGGCGAGUUAAUGGCGCCCAACGUGGGCGAGUUGUCGCCGGGAACGGCGAGAAGCGCCUACGAGGCGGCGGGACAUCCGGGCCAUGCCGGCCAUCCCCAUCCGGGUCAUCCGCAUCCGGGACACCCGCAUCCACAUCCGCCCGUCUCGCUGAGCUCCCUCAGCUCGCCAGCCUUCGCCGUCGACGCGGUGACGGCGGCCAGCGGAGCGGGAUUCGAGCGGUACGAUCCGAGCGGCGGCGUCUGCUGCCCGAGCAACGGACAAAGGGCCACCUCGGCAUCGGCAUCGGCAUCGGUGGCAACGGCAGCCGGAGCAUCGGCGGCGGCGGCCGCCUACCACUAUCUGCCCCAAACCACCGACGAGAUGCAGGCCCAGCAGCAGAAAUACCUGCAGGAGCAGCAGCUCAUGCUGGCCAAGGCGGAGCACGAGGAGCUGGCCAACGGCGGUCAGCCGCUGUAUCCGCGACCCAUGUAUCACUACGAUCCCACGAUGGGACCCCUGCCGCCGGGCUUCUCGGCCAUCAAUCUCUCCGUGAAGAUGGCCGCCGCCCAGGCAGCAGCUGCAGCGGCCGCCUACCAGAAUCAGCAGCAACAGCAACAGCAGCAGCAACAACAGCAGCAACAGCAGCAGCAACAGCAGCAACACCACCAGCAACAACAGCAACAGCAGCAGCAACAACAUGGCAAGCAGAGCAGCUCGCCUGCACCGAAUGUCGGCGGUGUGCCGGCGGUGGAUCUGAGUGGCUCCACCUCGGUGACGAGCAGCAGUCCGCACGGUUUCAACUCGCCAGCCUCGCACAACCAGUACACCGCCCAGCGGAUGGGCAACGGCAGUCCGCAGCCAGGAGCCAGUCCGAACAUCGCCAGUCCCCAGGUGCCCAGUCCCCAGGGACAGACGCUGGACCUCAGCGUCACGCGCUUGCCACAUAGCAUUAUUACGAGUCCACAGUACGGCGCCGAUGGCCUGGUGGUCGGUCACGCCCAGGGUUUCGUGAGUGGAGCGACAGGACCUCUGGGUCCUGGCAAUGGCGGACCGCCGCGUUCGCCGCAAAUGGAACCGGUGGACUUCAGUGGACCGCCACGACCUCUGGGUUUUGGAUUGGUGGGUCACAUCAGCGGUCCGCGACCCUACAGCCGCGAAUCCACGCCGGACAGCGGUGGCUCCCACUAUAUUGAAACCUAUCGGGAUCCCAGUGGCUACUCGCCGCAUCCCGGCUACGGGAUGGUGGUGCAGUCGGACUAUCCGCCAGCUGGAUACCACGGCUACGGCCCGGCUGCCUACCAGUGCAGCAAUCCGUACGCCACGGCCGUCGGUCCCGGUGGCUAUCCCACGCCCGUUUCCGGCGGAUACUCGCCCAGUCCGGCCACCUGCUACUCGAUGCCACCGCCGCAGCACAUCCCGCAGCACGACAAGUCCAAGGACGGAUUGACGGGCUGCUCUCGCUCGGACCGCAACCAUCUGCAAUCGCACUCGCAGGAGCUCAAGUGCCCAACGCCGGGAUGCGAUGGCUCUGGCCACGUGACCGGCAACUACUCCUCCCACCGCAGCCUCUCCGGCUGUCCAAGGGCCAACAAGCCGAAGAGCAAGCCCCGCGAUGGCCAGGACUCGGAGCCGCUGAGGUGCCCCAUUCCGGGAUGCGAUGGCUCCGGCCACUCCACCGGCAAGUUCCUCUCCCACAGAAGCGCCUCGGGCUGUCCGAUUGCCAAUCGUAACAAGAUGCGAGUCCUGGAGGCCGGCGGCACUGUGGAGCAGCACAAGGCCGCUUUGGCAGCUGCCACGGCAAUGAAGUUCGAUGCGUGCACCACGGUGGGCAGCCAGGGCAUCAAGAAGCCCAAGUUCGACGAGGUCACCAUGGUCUAUCCCAAGGGUUAUACAGGCGGCAGCGGACUGGACAUAGUCAUGGGCGGCGUGGGGAGCUCCGUUGGACUGGGUCUAAAUGUCGGCAUCGGGGUCACCAGUAGCAGCAGCAGCAGUGCCGGCGGUAGCAACAACACCAGCGGUAGCAGCAACACCAGCGGAUCCGACAAGAAUCCAUCGGUGGGCGGCGGUGGUCCAUCCACGGGCGCCGCCGGAAGCGAUGACCUGAACACCCUGGAGGCCGAGAUCUCGGAGCUUCAGCGGGAGAACGCGCGGGUCGAGUCGCAGAUGAUGCGACUCAAGUCGGACAUCAACGCCAUGGAGUCGCAGCUGAGCACCAGCGAUCGGGAGGCUUCUCCACUGAGCGGCCAUCAGCAGCAACAGCAGCAGCAGCAGCAGCAAAGCCAGCAGCAGCGUUCCUCGGUGGCUUUGGCCUCGCCCAGCGGUCAAUCGCCAUUCGCCAGUGUGAGCUCCACCAGUGGCACGUCCACCGUGAGCGGGGGCGCCACCACCGCUGGCAACAACAACAGCAACGGCAGCACCGCCAAUGCCAACGAUCUGAACCACUCAAUCAGCAAUUUAGCGCCCAGUUCGGGGAGCAAUCCGAACCAGACGAUUGAUGGAGGAGCCCCACCGAAUAAUCUGAACAACUACUACGAGAGCCUGAGGAACAAUGUGAUCACGCUGCUGGAGCAUGUGCGUCUGCCGCCGCCACCACCGCCGCCACCAGGUGCAACCACAAGCGGAUCGACGUCCGGCUCCUCCUCGGUGGUUCACGGCCUGGACAAUGUGUUGGGUGGUGUGGGUGGCGGGGGUCAGCUGGUGACCGGAGGAUCCCUGGAGCACGCAGCCUACUCAACGCUCCUGCCGCCACCGCCACCACCGCCCACUUCGGGUGGUGCAGCUUCAGCCGCCGGUGGAGGAAUGUACGGUGGUGGAGGAGGCGGCGGCGUUGGUGGUGGUCACCAAGGUGGCAACUCGGGCAACAGUGGAGCGGUGGGUCCACCGACGGUACCGCCACACCACUCGCAUCCUUACACGGUGCACCAUCCGGUCAGCUAUGCCCAUCCGCAUGCCCAUCCGCACGCACAUCCGCAUCCGCACGAGCACUUCGACUCGUACAUCUCGAAGCUGCAGUCGCUGUGCGUUCCCCCAGAUGUUUAUGCCCUGCCCGAGGACUCGGAGCGACCCGUCUACAACUCGGUGAAGCCCUCGAUGCACCAGGACUACGGCAAACUGAUGCCGACGCCCAUCUAAGAGCGAUUAAUCAGCGAUGCCAUAGCCCUAAGCUGGUGACCCCAAGAAGGCCGCAGAGCCACAGAUCCAUAGAUCCAUAGAUCCCGUCCAGGGCUCAAAAACUGUAACAGCAACUGUAAAUACCUAAAUGCGAGCAGUAAAACGAGGGAAGCGAGUGAGGGGUUAACAGGUUAAACUGGCGUUAUUCAUAGGCCUGACUUCAAGGCAGACUAUACAAGUACGAAUAAAAACUGGGGUCACGAUGUCGGGGUCACCCCACCCGGUCACCCCUGCCCGUGCACGACCCGUUAGCUUAUACAUUGAACUAGUUGUUAGUUGGGAUAUCGGGACACCGCUAGUCCCAGUGUUUAGUACUUAGAACUGUUCCACAUCCUAGAUCCUAGACGCUUUCGUCGUGUGUUGAUAGCAACUCUGUAUAAAACAAGAAACGCAAAACCGAAACAUAAGUGUGUAAUUCGAUUAUAAAUUGCAAUUUUUUUUGUCUGUAUCAAAUACUAAAAACUAGAAGUUAUACAAAUCGAUAUAUAUAUAUAUAUAUAUAUAUAAAUGAUAAAAGAAAAACCCAAUUAUAUGUUUAAACGUAGGGCAUUUGUUUGGUGUUAAUGUCUGGUCAAUUUUUUGCAUACGGAACGCAAGACGUUCGCAACUAUUAAUAGCCCCUGCCCAAUAAGCCCACGUAGUACCCUUUAGCCCAUAUCCCCCCGCAGGCUAAGUUUAGUUUAGUGGCAAAGUCGAACACCAAAAGUGGAAAAACUAAGUAAAAUACACAAACAUAUAACAUGCAAAUAUAAUCAGUACUUUAAUUAGUGGAUGUAGUUGUACGAGAUUUUUUUUUUUUUUUUUUUUGUGUAAAAUGUAAUAGUAAUAUCAGCGAAUAUCUAAAACUAUAAUGGGUAAGUGUGUGUGAAAGGAAGUGAGAGUUUUGGGUGGCGCGAGGUGGCAUUACAUACAUACAAUCGGAAAAAAGGCUAAACACGCGUACAUAUGCAGAUUAUAUCAGUGUGUGUGUGUGUAUGUGUGCAUGUCUGCUUCUCUGUAGGAUCGUAAGUUUUAAUGUUACCCCUUACGAAAGACCGCAGAUUCUAACAAAGAGAACGAAGAACGAAUAGAUUAAAAUUCAGUGCAAUACAGUCAACCAAAUGAAAUGGCGAAACCGGAAACCAAAAUCGUAAUAAACUAAUUGUGUAAGCUUAAGUAAACAAAAAAUGUAGUUGAGCAAAAUGUCACGUUUUUUUUUGUAUUGUCAUACGUCUAAUCUUAAACUUAACUAUAACUAAAGAAAAAGAUAUAAACCGUAGAACGAAGAAGGAACCCCCAAAACCGCAAGGUAAUUUAGACGAAUUUUAAAAAACAAAAAACAAAUUGAAAAAGUUGAAAACAAAAAAAAAUUACGACGAAAAAGGCGAGAGAGAGUAUGAAAAUAAAUAGCAGGCUUAAAAGAAUCAUUGUACGUAAUGAAGUAAUGCAUUACGAUGAUUAAAAUAAUUACACUAAACUAAACAUAAAUCUAAAAUACAUAUAUAUAAUAUAAUAUUGUAUUGUAUUGUAUGACAAGAAACAAUUCUGUAAUUUACAACCGAAAAUAUUUUAUGUGAUCAUUGUCUUUUUUUUUAAUAUUACAAGAAAUAAAUAAUUCGAAUACCAAAUAAAGGAUAUACACAAUAA